AAUGUCAUUGCGGAUGCUCUCUAUGCGGUUGUGCUAGAAUGGAAUAUUGAGACCAAAAUUAUGUCCGUCACACUUGACAACGCUUCAAACAAUGAUGGUGCGGUCGAUGCUUUGAAGGCCAAGUUCUUGUUCCGGAGAGGUAUGUUCCGGAGAGGAACUACUUAGAGGAUGCGGUUGCCCCUCGCGACAAGGCUCUUGAUCUUCUUGGUUGGUGGAAAGAGAAUGCUCCAAGGUACCCAAUGUUGGCCAAGAUAGCCAAGAGGUUCAUUACUAUCCCGGCUACCUCCGUGUCUUCGGAAUCUACCUUCAGCACGACCGGAAGGAUUUUAGAUGACUAUAGGAGUUCGUUAAAACCGGUUAUGGUGGAGGCAUUAGUUUGUGGUGCAAGUUAUAUCAAGGGUGCUCAUGUUGACUUGAAUCUGGUGCCGAGGGAUGAGAAUGAAGAGGAUGAUGUUGAGAACAUCAAGUUACCCACUGUGGUGGAGGAGAUCAACGAUUGACAUUCAUCAUGUGGAUGUUGAUCUUGCUAUUUUGGAGAUGAAUGUCAAAGUGAUCUUUCUCAUGUGAAGGCUACUUUUACAUUUCUGUUAUGUUUGUCAUGAACUAUGAAUUGUCACUGCUAGCUUGGAGAUGAACCUCUCAUUUGUGUUAUGUUCAACUUGUCAAUUGCCAUGGACUUGUAAUUGUUAGAGCAAGUUUGUAAUCGUGUCGUUCAAUGAUGAUAAGACCUUAUGUUUGUGGAUGUGAUAUUGUGCUUAA